AUGUCGGCCCUAACGCCUGGUAUUCAGUUGGCAAAAUCAGUCACCUCGGCUGCGGCGCUGGGGUUUGUACCAGUGGCAGUCCACUUCCGCAUUUUCGACCUUCUCGUGGCGAUUGGCAAGCCUGCCACGGGGAGGGAGGUUCUCGCUGAGUACCAGCAAUCUCAGGAUGUCGACUUCAACAACAUUAUCCCCUGUCUCCAGCUAAUAGAUGAUACGCUGUACGCAAUGGCCGGGCUCGGAUUUGUGGAUAUGACGGACGAGCAAGUCUACUACGCCAACGAAAUUACCAAGCAUUUAAUGCAUAAUCCUUCGGCUCAACAUGGCGCACUACACUUCACCACGGAGGCUCUCUUGGCUGGUGCCUUUCUCUUCCGUCGACUAGAGAGCAAUAACUUUCAAUACCCAUUUCAGGAGCUCCAGACCCCAGUCCAGUAUGCAUAUAGUAUGAUGGGAAACAGCAAACUUGCCCAACAGCAUACAUAUGAUAUUAUGGCCGCUGAAGGCCGGAUGGACAGUUUCAAUCGCUUCAUGGUGGGUAAAUUCUUGAAGACAGCCACCACCCCCGAUCGCUUGAAACAAUUCGGAUAUGACCUGGGCCCAAUCAUCCAGGACGCCAAGUCUCGCCAGGUGGUCGCGAUGGUCGACAUUGGAGGCGGUCGUGGAGAAAUGAUGCUGGAAUUCAAAGAGGCUUUCCCCGAGCUGACGGAGAAAGAUUUGGUAGUCCAGGAGUUCAACGAUAAGAUCCGCGACAUUCCUGGGAUUACACUUUCGUCGUGGAAUUACAAAGAUCCGCAUAGCGCUCAGCCUAUCCAGGGAGCAGGGCUUUAUCAUCUCGCGCAUAUUUUGCACAACUUGCCUGACCUUGAUGCCGCGCGCCUGCUGCAAAAAGUGUCGCAAGCCAUGAAUCUCCAGUCGCGGCUGCUCAUCCAUGAAUUUGCUAAGAAUGUGAAUAACGCGAAGAUGCAUGCCAGCAUGAUUGUUCUCUUCGGGGGUCGGGAGAGAAGUGCGACUGAAUGGCGCCAGCUGGCAGCUCUGGCUGGACUUCAGGUGACCUUCGAAGCCUAUCCGGAUGGAGGGGAAGGGCUUGUGGAGAUGAGAAAACUCCCAACCGGUCACCAUGCAUAG